AUGCUUUUGCCGGUUGCAAGAGAAAUAGCGUCGAGAGAAAAUUAUUCAGAAGCACGUGGCAUUAACACAAGAGAAAAUUCAUCUCAACACGCACGAAUGUUCUUUAUAGUACAUGAAAUGUUUUUAGUCAUAGUCAUAGAUAAAUAUUUGAAUUUAGGAAAGGCUGGAAGCAUAAAACCGAACACCAAUCGAAUGAUGAUAUAUGCCAAUUUAAUCCCAACUGUGUUCUCAACAUUAAUGUUCUCGAUUUUAGAGAUAGAAACUCAAAUUUACAUUUCUGUAGUCUUUUCAACUUCAACUACUACAAAUGCAUUUUAA